AUGUCACUGGUUUUCCAGGAUGCAUACCAGGCUGUCAUGCUGAUGUGGAGGAAAAAACCUUUGAAGACAUAUGGAACUCGCAUGUCUGAAACCAUGUUCGCCAUAUUGAGACACAUUAUCAGAGGGGAAAGAAUUUAUCAAGAAAUGCUGAAUGAAACUAUUGCGUCAAGGAAGAAAGCUUUGUUAGCUAAACCUCCAACUCCCACGACAUCUGAGGCUCCUGCAAAAAAUGUAACUAAUACUGCAUUGGGUGUUAAUCUUGACCAUCUCAAACAACUGAUGGACAUGGGAUUCACAGAAGACCGUUGUGUGGUUGCACUUAAGAAUACAUCCGGUUUGGAGCAAGCUACAGACUAUCUCUUAAACCACCCAUCACCACUGAUUCAAAUGGGGAAGGUAGACGAGUAUGUGGUAAUCAGCAGAGAAGCAUUGGAUGAAUUUUCUUUAGAUGUGUUUGGUUCAUGUAUGAUGUACAUUGACUGGAUACCUGAAACAACGUACUAUGCUAUGGACCUCUUGACAGCUGCUGCAAAGAGGAUUGGUCCACAUUUCCGUGAUGUAACCAUCAACACAGUCAUUUCACAGGUAGAUACAUAUGCUGAAAAGUUGUUUCAAGAAUGCUUUGAAGAGUAUGAUAAACCAUCAAAAGUUUUAUCUGCAUUCGUGGAGUCGCCUACAGGCAGUAAACUCGCUGCAAGGAUGCAUUUACUUUCACUUCUUUUGGAAGAGCUGCGGACUCCAUGUGCUCUGUUAAUUGUAAGAAGAGGAAUCAUUUCUUCCCUUGUAAGUUUGCUAGAGCUUGCUGAAGUUGUUAUGAAAAUGUUUCAUGCUACUGUUGCACCAAAGUGGCUGACUCAUCUUUUGAAUCUAAUAAAUGCUGUUGAAAGGAUCAAAGUCAGCUCUGAAAGGAGAGAUAAGAUGCUUCAGGUAACUACAAACACUUGGAGAUGGUUUGAUAUAUCAACAGGAAAAUGGAAUGCUUACUCUGCAGCAAACAACAAGAUAAUUAAUGAUGCUUUCUUCCGAGGUGAUCCAAGAGUUAAAGUGUCUUGUGGAGGACGCAGGCGUUAUGUGAUAUCUUUCACAGACAUGGUUCAGACAAAUGAAGAAACUGGGAAUAGCAGACCUGUAACUUUGUCAUUGAAGUGCAGGGAUAAAAAUGACGUGAAAACAUCAACCAAAGAAAAUUCUGGUGAAGAUAUGGAUGUUGAAUGUCUAGAUUUCUCAGAGCGAAGGAAACCAGUGAAUCUUCAACAGUAUGACACAACACGAUCCUGUCAGAUAAUUAGGGCAUGUGUUGGCUUAAUGAAGAUCUCACUCGACAGAGAUACUCUUCACUCAGCAAUGUUCGCCUGCAUACGUCUCACAAGAAAUUAUGAAUUAGCGAAAGCUUUUAUUGAAGCUGGUGGUAUACAGACCUUGCUGUCUCUGACAACUGGUCCAUUCAAUGCUGCUUCCUUGAAUAUGGCUACAAUACUUAUAAGACAUGCCCUAGAAGAAUAUGCUGUUCUCAGGCACACAAUGGAGAAGGUAAUACGUACACAGGCACAACUGAAUGACCCUACUCCAUACAAGGAGAUAUUGUUUUUCAUGCUGCAGACAUCUUCAUGUGUUUGCCGUGCACCAGACAUGUACGCAGAAAUUGCAUCUGAUGUUCUAAGGAUUGACAUAAAUCACCUCUCAAAGCGAAAUGAUGAUGAAGGCCAGCGGUUGCUUGUCAAGUGCCUCCCAUCCAAAAAUACAACUGCUGAAGCAAGGGAUGAUGACUCAGUUAAAGUUGUCAUUGACCUUUUGAAUGCACUUAUUGAGCCUCACAAUACUCAAGAUGUAGAAGUGAAAUCAGUUGGCAGCAAAGUUCAAGAGAAGAUAAAAAGUAAAGAAAGUUCAAACACAAAAACUUCUCUGAAGACCACAGAAGGCAGUUCAUCCCAGGCAUGGAGACGCCCACUCCUAACUAAGUCAGCAAUUCUUAAAAUUUUAGCAGAUAUUGCGAAGUCUUAUUCGGCAUUUGCAAAAGUUAUAAGUGAUCACGUUUACACUGCCGGACAGACAGAAUUGGUUAAAGAGGAGUGUUCAGCACUGGCUUUCAUGCUAGAUAACUUCCUUAUGAGCAAGGAACCAGCUGACAAAGAGUGUUCAACAAUGGCACGAGUACUUAUUGUUGCACUUGCUUCAUGCAGUCAUGCAUCAGAUGUUCAAGGAACAGUGAUCUCGGAGGUGAAAUCUGCAUUGGUUCGAUGUGUCAAUUGGUACGAGUGCUCAGAAAAGCAUACACGAAUUCAGCAGCUGAGUGCACUUGUGUCUUCUAUUAUAUAUAAUUCUCCAGGCCCUGUUGAAGUUCCAAGGCUUCAUUAUAGCAGCAGUAUGAACCAUAUUGUCAAAAUAAUGAUACGGAAAGGAUUGGUGACUGACCUGGCUAAAAUUACUCACUCACUAGACCUGUGCAGUACCUCUCUGCCAAACACGAUGAAUUCUGUGUUAAGAACUCUUGAGGUGGUGACGAGAAUUAUUAACAUGCCUGUUUCAACAGGUUCUAGUAAGAGUGGAAGAAAUGCACGGAGUAUAGCAAUUACAGAUGAGCAAGCAACUAACAACAGAGAUGAUGCCACAGGAAGUGCCCAAGUCGAAGAACUAGAAGAAAUUGCCAGUGAUGCUGCAAAUACAGUUGCUCAAGACUCAUCUGAGAGGACAAGCACUGAAAAUCAACAGAACAGGGAAGAGCAAGACAGUGAGAAUGCUUCUACAGAUACAAAUGCCAGGAGAGACGGUGCUGUUGAUGACGCAAUGGUCCUGAAUUCUGAUUAUGGAGCAGAAGUUGAAGUUGAAGUAGAACCAAAUUCUAGAGGAGGAGAUGCUGCUAGUGCACUUCCUUCAACAGCAGAAACUCAACCUCAGUUUAGAGAAAAUUCUGCCCAGUCUAUACAGUUCGAAAAUAGAGGUACAGCUGAACUUGACAGUGACGAUUCAGACGAUUCCGAACCUUCAGAUACUGACGUCAACCACAUGGAUGAUGAUGAAGAAGGUGAUGAAAAUGAAGAAGAAGGUGGUUCAGGUUAUGAAGAAGAUAAUCUAGAAUUCUUUGAAUCAGAUGAGGAUUUGUUCCGCAUUCCUGGUCUUGAACGGGAAGGUGAUGACCUCCUCAUGAUUCAAUAUGCUGACGCUGAGGCAGGUGGGUCAAGGACGGGCCCACGUACCUCCUGGAAUUCAAAUACUGUACCACUAGCAACUGGAAGCAAUGAGGAUGCACCAAAUGGAAAUGAGAAUGCAGGUGAUAUUCCUGCAAGUCAUCCUUUAGUUAUGGCACGCCGUAAUUUAGCUGCAAGUACUUUAUCAACAUCUCGAACACACAGAGCUAUGAGGCAGCGGCACUAUCAGUACUUGCAAAUGAACUCAAGAAGUCAGAACAAUGCAGUCAUCUUGCAGAGGUUGCUAGGUCCAUCUGCUGCAACUGCUAUAGAACUGGGGAUCCCAAUUAAUCCUGUAGCCAUUACUGAACUACAAGACAAUAAUAUUAGGGUCAUAACAUCAGAAAGAAGUCUAGGUGUUAUUUCAAAUCCACAGUCAGAAGAGGAUCAAGCUGAUACAACUGAUCAGCCGGGCUUUGUUUUUGGACCGAGUCUUACAGCUACAGUCAGUACCAUACCAACAGCGAUGUUCUGGUGGUAUGAAGAAUGCAAGCUGCUUGAUUCUGAUUCACAGUUCAGCGCUGUUAUUGGGACUUGCCAUGAUGUGAUAACAGAACUGAGUAAGUACAAAGCGGAGGAUCUUGCUCAACGCAAGGAGAUGAUGAAGAAAAAACAAGAGGAAGCAACAACAAGAAAGAAAAACAUGAAGAGAACUAAUGCUUCAGGUGAAACAGGAGCUACUGCAGGAACCAGACCAAAUAUAAGAACAAUAGCGCGUCGUCCAUUAUUUACACAAAAUUCAGCUGCAGAAAAUCUGGCUGAUUCCAUUGUAGAGUCCGCUCUGCAGCCAUCAUUGUCAGGAAAUAGUAGCCAGUCUAAUUUUUCAGAACAGAUAGAUGGAGUGCAGAAUUCCACAACAGAAAGUAACUCAUCAUCUACCAUACAAGCAUUGGGAGCAGAGUUAAUAGCACCAUUGCAUUCUGUGAUUAUACAAAAUUCGAAUCUUGGAGUAUCUGGUGCAUACCAACAUCAAUCAUCAGAUCAGAGUUUUGCUCAACAUGAUCAACUGUUUCGAAAUUCAGGCAGUGCGGGAGAAAGUUCCUCACAAUCAGCGACAGUGUCAGAAGAUAGUGCACAGCCAAGUUCCCAGGCUUCUACCUCGACACCUACAAGAGAACAGAAUUCUUCUGCCUCUGAUCAAUGCAGUAGUGUCACUUUAACUAAUACUGCAAGAAAUGAAGCAAGGGGCACUCAUGAAGUUAUGGAGAUAGAUGGACAACAGCAAAAUAGAGCUGCCCAACAACAUACUACAGGUCAACCUGAUACAAGUGUGCCUGCACUCACACUAAACACUAAUUCUGAUUCAUCUGCCUCCAAUACACUUUCUUUGUCUCGUGAAGAAGUGACAGUCCCUGGGCUUAGUGUAACACAUACUACAUUAAGCUCGCGGUUUAGACGUUCACCUUCUGGGAACUUAGAUUCUAACAACUUCUUAGCACCUAAUGCGGACUCUGAUUACGAGAGUAAUGUAGCAGAUGACGGAGAUCCCCAGUCAUCUAGGGGCAUGUUACCACUGCGAAGACGAGCACAGAGUGGAAGGCGGGUUUAUCUGCGAAGUGAUAUUGAGUCACAGUCCUCUUCAGAUGAAUCCCAAAGGAAUCGACCCUGGUACCCUCAAGACGGACUGACCACAGUGCACAGUCCAGAAACCAGUGUGACAGCUACAACUACUGCAUCAUCAUCAGCGGGUAGCAAUGCAACAUCAGCAUCAUCAGCACCAACAAGUACUACCAGUACAACAUUAAGUACAGCAUCAUCAUCAUCAUCAGUGCAAUCAACUAAUUUAUUUAGAUUAUCUGGUGCACAUGGAUCAGGUUCACCACAAGCAAAUGUGUCAUCAGCAGCAUCGACAUCCUCAACAACAGCUGUUGUUCAUACAGCCCCAUCUGUCAGCCACCCAGUUGCUGGAACUUCAAGAGCUCCACAGCCUGUAUCGGCUGCAUCUGCUAGCACCAGUAAUGCUGCUAGUUCUGGUUCUGGAACUCAGUCAACAGGAGGAAAUCCAUCUGAUCUCCUUGAAGGUGUUGAUCCUUCUUUUCUUGCUGCUCUUCCUGACGACAUGCGAGAGGAAGUGAUUGCUGAGCAGUUGAGGUUACAAAGAAUACGGCAGAGGACACUGCAACAGACAAGGGACCUCAUUGCAUCAAAUGUGUCUGAGGUAAAUCCAGAAUUCCUGGCAGCAUUGCCUCCAUCCAUACAAGAAGAAGUCCUUGCACAGCAUCAUUUGGAACAGCAAAGACAAGCAGCAAUUGCAAGUAAUCCUAAUGAUCCCGUGAAUGCUGCAGAAUUCUUCCAGAAUCUUCCAUCAUCACUAAGGCAAACAAUUUUGACUGAUAUGGAGGAGUCUCAAAUGUCUGUGUUGCCACCAGAUCUAGCACAGGAAGCACAGACAUUACGAAGGGAAUGGGAAGCGAGGAACAGGCAAUUGAUGCAAGACAGAUUUUUUAGCCAUGUUAGUCACAAUACCAGUGCAUUGUCUUCAAUGUUAAGGAAUCCAGGCAGGGUAAGCAGUUCAAGGUAUUCGCUUCAGUCAUCUGCUGCACAACAAAGAGCACAGUGGAAUGCAUGGAACACGGCAAGUACAGAUUCCAGUGGCUCACAGGGAUCAAAUUAUUCAAGGACUGGAGGACGUGCAUUGCUGGAUAGUGAAUCAGUAUCAUGUCUCUUAGUACUUCUGUUCAUUGAUGAUUCGGCUUUGAACAUGGGUCGUCUUCACCGUGUUUUGCGGAAUUUAUGUUACCAUCCACCUACAAGAGACUGGAUACUGAAAGCUUUACUGUCUAUUUUGGAGAAAUGCAGUUUUGCUCAUAAAAAUUCACUUCCUGAGCCAAAGCGAAUGACAACAAGGUCACAAUCUCAGUCACAAGCUCCAAAUAUUGUCACUGUUCAUGGAGCGUGGCUAAACACUACAUUCAAUUAUGCCCUGGGCAGAGUAACUGAAGUAUUUUCUCUUAUUAAAUAUCCAACAAAACGUGGACUUACUUACAUCACACUGCAGACUCGGGCAUGUCCUGUGGUUUUCAGGCACACUGUUGAAGUGCUAAUAUCAAUGGCAAAAGGAUUACCUGUUCACUUCCUGUUGUGUCUCAAGAACAGAGAUAUUGACAAGAUCAAAGGAGACAGCAAGGACGCUAAGGACAGCAAGGACGCUAAGGACAGCAAGGACGCUAAGGACAGCAAGGACGCUAAGGACAGCAAGGAGGCUAAGGACAGCAAGGAGGCUAAGGACAGUAAGAACAAAGAGUCAAUGGAAUCAAAGUCAAAAGCGCCAUCUGGUUCUGGCCAAGCUACUGGACGUACUGCCAGACAAGAAGCCGCAGAUUUUUGGGAUGUCUUAUUGAAAUUAGAAUCACAAUGCACUAGAAAAGGGAAAAGUGUUGCACGUCCAUAUUUAGUUCAUGUUUCAGAUGAAGAAGAAAUGACACCUUCAAUAUUUGAAGGCUCAGCAUUUGGAAGAUUAUUUGCUCUGUUGAGUUCUACCACUAUAACUCAAAACAAACCACUUGUUGACAAACUGCUGAAGCUUCUUUCACAUGUAUCAGCUGGACUGCCAGAAAUAGUCCAUACAGAUAUGAAAGACAGUGGCGAACAAAAUCCAAAAGAAGAACUUCUGCCAAUUUCAAAACCUCACAUGAAGCUGGCAGUUGAUGUGUUGACAUCUCGUUGCUGUUCAGAAGAAGGAUUGGAGGACAUAACAACACUUUUCCUCAACUUGGCAAAUUGUUUCUAUCCAGCAAAACGUGUUACUUUAGAUCUUUUGGUUGAAGGUGCCAUGGAGCUAGGAAAGAUGCUGAAACAGCAUAUAGGGCAGGUAUUGAAGGAUCUGAAGGCUUCAAAUAAGAGACUGAAAAGACAACAUGAAGAUGAUACUUCACCUACAGAUAAACUUCCAAAAGGAACUUUAAUGGACAGGUUUACCAAACACAGUGUGGUAAUAAAUGCUCCUGUCAAAGGGAAAGCUCGCUACGACUGGUCUGUAACAAAUGUGAAUUUGCUGACAUCAAAAACUUCAAGUCAGGCAUUCUUCUUAAGAACACUAAAAGUCAUAGUUCAGAUAAGAGAUUCCAUCAAAGAGGCACAUAAAAGACUGAAGGAUAAUGUGGCAAAUCCGGAAGCAAAUGAAGUGCCGCACUUGGCAACUUUGCUCCCUCUCGAUGACUUGUGGGACGUAUUGAGUUCUUGCUUAAGUGAAUUGUCCAAUACCCCAGAUUCUCAUGCAGUUCUUGUUUUGCAGCCUGCAGUAGAAGCAUUUUUUCUUGUGCACACUCCUCCUCCCCCAAGUGAAGAGAAGAAAACUGCACCAAAAGGGCAGGAAGUGACUCAAGCUGAACAGGCUGGUGCUUCCACAUCUGGUGUGGCACAACAAAGUGUUGCCCCGGUCUCACCACUACCACCAGAUUCUGAAGCAAGUGCAAACCCACAGUCCUCUCCAAGCAGUUCCAGAGUUGACUGGGAGAGUUUGUUUGCGGUAUCAGUUCCACGACCUCCAACGAAACCAAAAUUCUUAGUCUUUGCUGAAACCCACAGAGUUGUCCUCAAUGAAAUACUGCGGCAGUCGACAAUAAAUAUAGCUGAUGGACCAUUUGCUGUGCUUGUAGACCAUACAAGGAUUUUGGAUUUUGAUGUAAAGAGGCGCUACUUCCGGUCAGAGCUAGAGCGAAUGGAUGAGGGUAUCCGCAGAGAAGAAUUAGCUGUACAUGUCAGGAGAAGCCAUGUGUUUGAAGAUUCAUUUAGAGAACUGCAUCGUCGCAGUGCAGAUGAAUGGAAAAAUAGAUUCUACAUUGUGUUUGAAGGUGAAGAAGGCCAGGAUGCAGGUGGUUUGUUGAGGGAGUGGUAUGUUAUUAUAUCACGGGAGAUAUUUAAUCCAAUGUAUGCCUUAUUUACAACUUCACCUGGAGAUAGAGUAACCUACAUGAUAAACUCAUCUUCUCAUUGCAAUCCCAACCAUCUCUGCUACUUCAAGUUUGUUGGGCGUGUUAUUGCAAAGGCCAUUUAUGACAACAAACUUCUUGAAUGUUAUUUCACAAGAUCUUUCUACAAACAUAUCCUUGGAAUUCCUGUUAAAUACACGGAUAUGGAAAGUGAGGACUAUACCUUUUAUCAAGGCUUGGUUUAUUUAAUGGAAAACCACAUCAGUUCAUUAGGUUAUGAUCUCACCUUCAGUGCUGAGGUACAAGAGUUUGGUGUUACGGAUGUGAGGGAUCUGAUUCCGCAUGGUCGUUAUAUUCAAGUCUGUGAAGAAAAUAAAAUGGACUACAUCCGUCUUGUCUGCCAGAUGAAAAUGACUGGUGCUAUUAGAAAACAGAUAUAUGCUUUCUUAGAAGGAUUCUAUGACAUAAUUCCAAAACGUCUGAUAUCAAUAUUCAAUGAACAAGAGUUGGAACUGUUAAUCUCAGGAAUGCCCAAUGUUGACAUUGAAGACCUUAAAGCUAAUACGGAAUAUCACAAAUAUAGUCCGACAUCACUACAGAUUCAGUGGUUUUGGAGAGCCCUGCGUGAUUUUGAUCAAGCGAACAGGGCAAAAUUCCUCCAGUUUGUCACAGGCACGUCAAAGGUACCACUUCAAGGUUUUGCAGCACUUGAAGGAAUGAAUGGAGUGCAGAAAUUUCAAAUUCACAGGGAUGACCGAUCUACAGACAGAUUGCCCUCAGCACAUACUUGCUUCAACCAACUAGAUUUGCCAGUUUAUGAGACUUACGACAAGCUGCGUACAUACCUUCUGAAGGCAAUCCAUGAAUGUUCAGAAGGAUUUGGAUUUGCUUAAAGGAAAAUGUAAAUCUGUGCUUGUACUGAUGAAACAUUUUGGUCACUUGAACUUGUUUGUGCAUGUACAACAACUUGUGAUUUUGUUGAUAAUGUUUAAUUUCUUACCUGUAUAUUAAAUGUUGUAAAAAUAAUUAUAAAAGCAGUCCUCCCAUAAAAUUCCAAGGUAUCAGAACUGCAGUUUCUUUUUGAAAAAGACUUGGAUUCAUGAAAGGAUAGGAGGUCUUGUUGACAUAUAAGACAUAAAAUAAAAGUCCAAUGUCCUUAUUUUUAUCAGAAUAUUUGAAACUGAACACUCAGUCUUAUGACAAAACAUUCAUUUUCAAAUCUCAAAGGAAAACAGUGUUGUGUAUAUAUGUAUGUGAUAUUUGUGUGAAUAGCAUUUGAAGCAGCUAGAGUAAAAGAAUUGUGUGCUAAAUGUUUUACAGAUUAGUCUAUAUUGAUGUUUUGAAAUAAGCCAAACAACUUGCUGUUUUGAAUGAUUUUAUGAAAAUUGAUGAUUUUUUGUUUUUGUUAUUUGAAAAAAAAAAACUGUGGUUAUAUUUAACAUUUAGAUGUUAUGGACUUUCCAUAACAUUGACUAUUUGAUGAUAGUUGUUUCACUGGAAUUUGAGAGACUGAUAUAGCAUUCUCAUUGUUGCAUCCAGUAUUUAUAUUCACCCUACACCCCCCCCCCCCUCUCUCUCUCUCUCUCUCUCUCUCUCUCUCUCUCUCUCUCUCUCUCUCUCUCUCUCUCUCUCUCUCUCUCCCCCCCCCCCUUUCUCACCCCCCUCACCCCGCCCUCUCAGGUUGUGUGUGUGUGUGUGUGUGUGUGUGUGUGUGUGUGUGUGUGUGUGUGUGUGUGUGUGUGUGUCCUUCAGUUCCUCCUUAUGUUCACGUGGUUGCACUGCUGUAGCAAUAUUCCUGUAAAUUUGUUAAUUACAUUUUUUUAUUUGAGCUCAGUACUGUUUUGUCUUUUUCCCUUUGCUAAAUGUAGUGCUGUGUGGCUGUGUCUGUCACUGCAAAGUACAUUUGUAUGGAACUGUAUGCAAGAAAAAAAUGUUAUGAAGAAACAGAGAUUUCUGAAGUGAAACAUUAUAAUUGGAUUCUGUGUUAAAUUAUGAGGAAUAACUGUCUGGAAGUGUUGUUGGAAUUAUCUUCAUUAAAAUGAGACUAUCUUAAUGGUGGUCUAAAAAUACUUCUUUCAUGUAACUGUAAGUUUCAGUGAUUAUCUGGAAUUAUAGUGUUUGUCACUGAUGCAGGUGAUCACAUUAGUUUCUUCAGUUUUGCACUUAAUGUAUUGAUGUUGUAUCUUAAUGUUCAAAUAGAGUGGCAUUGUUUUGUUGAAGAAAUAAUAUGAAAUACCCUAUCCUUCUAUUAUUUCCAGAUAAUCACAUGUCUUGUUUCUAAUAAGAUAACAGAUCUGUAUUGAUGUUAGCUAAAAUGUGUCAAUGUGUCGAUGUUUCAUUGUAUCAAGUGAAAGCCUCCACUCAGAACUAUAAGAUAUUAGGAAUGCUAAGUUUUAUGCAAUUUUUUUUUUUUUUUUUGGUUGCGCUGUGUAUGGUUUUCUUUAAAUUUCCAAGAAAUAGUUCUUUUCACACUGACAUAUUAGUGAACCACCUCACUGCAAAAAGAGAUAAAAAGGAUAAAUUUGUGCAUAUUGAAUGAUAUCCACAGAGUUGCAAGGUUUAUUCAGUGUAAAUACACAAAAUGAAAUACAUGUUAAGCAGUAAAUGUGUGUUACAAAAAAUAACUUUAACAGAUUUGAGGAAGUCUUUCACAGUGUAUUGUUGCAUUUCUUUUUCUAAAGUUCAUAAUACAGUGCGAAGUUCCUGUUGCUAUGAGUACUGUUAUGAAAAAAUUGAGACUGGAAUCUGUUCUUAGUUCCAUGCAGUAAUACACAGUUGCAGAUGUGAAGAAGGAAAAAAAGGGAAAAAGUGACACUUGUACACUCUGUGCAGUUUUCUGAAAUUGUACUUGACAUGAAGUGUUUCAAAUUUCAUUUAAUUUUUUCCUUCUUUUUUUAAAGAAAGUAAUAAUGUAGCCACAAUUCCUUUCACUAAGUUGCAAAUAUUGUAUGAUUUUUAAAUGGAAAAAUUUUCAAGCAUUUUUAAUAAAACAUAUUUAAAUUCA